GGGAAGAUGGCGGACUCUGACGGUAACUCUCACGACCCAGACCCUGAAAAAACCAGACGAAUUCAGGGUGAAGAUGAGCAGGAAAUCAAUGAAAAGGCGAAGAUACCGUCUAUGAAUAUAUUCCAGGCUGUUAAGGCCAACUACCUCAUUCGGGUUCAGGAAUUAGUUGAGAUUGAAGGGCCAGGGGUCCUGGUGGAGUUCGAUGACAAGGGCCAUUCACCUGUACAUUGGGCAGCAUUAGGAGGCAGCACCAACAUCAUCCGUCUCAUGGUCCAGUGCAAGGUGCCUUUGGACCUCCAGAGCAAGACGGAGCUUGGUCCGAGGCCUAUCCACUGGGCCUGUGUGAAUGGUCACAUUGCAGUGGUUGAUAUACUGCUUCAAGCAGGUGUUUCUAUUGACACAGUUGAUAAUAAGGGCUGCACACCGUUGAUCAUAGCCUGUCAGUACGGACAGACAAUGUUAGCUGGAUAUCUGAUGGGUAAGGGUGCCAGGCUACAGCUAACAGACCGAGAGGGCGAUAAUGCAUUACACUGGGCAGCAUUCAAAGGGAAAUGUGAGCUGACAAGAUUGCUCAUCUACUCUGGCUUCAACCCUCGGCAGAAGGAUAACUUUGGUCAGACUCCCCUGCAUCUGGCCUGCAUUAACGGCGACUUGAACACCGUCAAGAUGCUGUGUGAGCAAGACGGUGUGGAGAUGGAGCUGGAGGAUCAUAACCACAAGACGCCGCUGAUGCUCUCUAAGGGGCGUAACCACACCCCUAUCAUCACUUACCUGAACAACAAGCUCAACAAGAGGAGGAGUAUCCUUCCUCAGAUUGACUUGAAUUUCAUUGUCUUUGGACCUCCGGGGAAUACCCGAAUCCCAUUUGUUUUCCUUGUGUUUCAGUUCAUCUUCUUUGCGUAUCCGAUGUAUAUUUUCAAGUUGUUACCUAUGUACAGUUUGUAUGACUUGCCACACGUGCAUUCUCCGUUCUUGGUGUUGAAUGCCUUCAUGUGGGUCAUGCUGUACCGAGCCUACAACACUGAUCCUGGAUUCUUACCUAAGAACUCACCAGAUUAUGACCGUGCAAUCAGACAGGUUGCCCAUUUUGAUGAGUGGAAGCAAGGCAGAAAUCCUCUGAGUCGAUUAUGCCAUACUUGCCGUAUCGUCAAACCACUACGCACUAAGCACUGUAGAACGUGCAAUAAAUGCGUCCGACACUUUGACCAUCACUGUCCGUAUAUCUACAACUGUGUAGGCUUAAAAAACAGAGUCUUCUUCACAGGGUUCACCACCUCUUUGAUGGCCAUGGCCAUCUUUACAUUGUAUUUCUGCUACCUUGCUAUUCAGCGAGAUGGUUGGAAAAUACUUUACGUCUUGGGCCUUCUGGACGUCGUGUUCUUUGGCUUUGUGGCAGGCGGGCUCUCUGUAACAGCCUGGUACAUGGCAGUAAAAAACAUCAACACCAAUGAGCGCGUGAACUACAAACGCUACGACUACUUGAAAGAUGCCAGUGGCCACUUCUUCAACCCUUACAACCGUGGCGUAAUACACAACCUCAAAGAGUUCUUCCAUUUAAGAGCGCCCCCAAGUGACGAGGAGAUAGAGCAAGCAUCUGUGUAUACUGUAUAGCAGCUUAAGUAAUACCUCAGGUAGAGCAUCUUGUCUUGGUAUCUGCAAUAUGCAUGAAGAAGUUGCUGAUCUCAAGGUCAUUAGGACUUGUAUUGCACUUGAUCUGCAAAAGGCAGAACGCAUCUCCAACCACCCUAGCUAUGAUGUAUUUGUAUAAUCAGCCAUAUUCAUAUCAGUGUAUCAAGGAAGAUGUGUCAUCUUAUUGCUGUCAUCACGUCUCUUAGUAGGGGAUUUUUAAGGUUCCACAAUCCACAUUGAGGCUGAAUGCUUUGCAUAUUCAAUUUUUCUCAGAUUUCAGAUUGCUCAGUUAGAUAGCUAGAAGAUGAUGGAGGAUGUAUGAAAUUGGGAAGAAAGGAGUGCCAGAACAAAUUGAAAACCAAUCAAGGGUGUUUUGGGGAUAGGCCCAAGGUGCACCUUUGGUGCAACUUUGAUAUCAAUAAGUCACCUAUUUUGUUUUCGAGAUCAGUGGCCUUCUUGUCUCCUAUUUCAAUUUCAUCGUAGUUUCACAUUAUCCGCGCAGGGUUACUGGUGUCCUGUUUCCAAGUGAUUUCUGAAAAUAGGAAGUAUUAGUUAUUUCUCUCGUAGUAACACUGACGACAUACAGUUGCUCUUGCUCAUCUCUCUUGAUCAACCUUGGAGUAUUCUAUUCUUUCCCCAGAUCAUCGAUCAUGCAGAUGAUCUUAUUUAUAAUGCAAAUUUGCUCUGAAAGAGAGAAUUGACACUGACCUGCUUGCUGAACAAUUUUGUUCUGUGUUGGACUGCAGAAUGAGAGUGCUUCUCAACCCUGUACCGACCCACCACUAAUAUGUGCUUCAUGCAGGAUUGAAAUGAUGCGUGCAUUGCAUGUUGUUGAAGCUGGUUGAUGAGUAAAGAUGACUUUAGGAUGGUUUAUAUCAAUAGGACCUGUCCACCUAGGUAGACAUGUCAUACGUAUGCAGAGUUUGACAUCUGAUUGAUUUCUCAAUUGCCGAGUGAUGAUUUUUGAGUGAUGAUGCAUGAAGAUCUUUGUUGUUAUUCAGCUUCCAAUCUCAGCUCACACUGUACCAGUGAUAGGUGUACUCCCUCCUUGAUGGGUUUGCUUCAAAUUUAGCUCAGCUGGACUGACUUUACCCCAAACUAAAAUCAGAUAUUCCUUGCAUUGUCAACUCUGAAGUGAUGCUUGACUAUUGUGUGAUGUGAUGAAAUUAAGAAACAUACUUUGAUGCAGACAGUGAGUGGUGGCGAUGGACAAUAUUCUUGUGUCGGCCAAUUUGAAUUGACUCUGAGGUAAAACUUUUCAUGUUGGGAACCUGAGAGUAAACUAACAGCGACAAAAUAAAAGUUUAGAAUAUUUCAAAGAUGUCAUAGUUUAUAUCUAAAUGUUUUAAGCCACAUUUUAAAAAAAAUGAAAGUGACGUUUUGAACCCAAAUAGUGUGGCACUGCCCCAUUUAUCGGAUUACAAUGAGACAGAUUCAGGGAACAAGACAAAACAUGGCUUCUCCACGAAUAAGGUCUAUUCAGAUUCAAUCUUGCAUCGCUUGAUAAUUCUUAUUAUUACACAGGGCAUUUUAGCAUUGCUUCUGUUAUAAAUGGACCUGUUGCUUCUUAAAGGAAUUUUGAUUUAUUGUUUUCCUGAAGUUCUGGUCAUCAGGUUUUGAGCUGCCUGGUGUGAAUUUCACCCCCUGAGUGAGGACGUAUUACUUUUUGUAUGCCAAAACUAUACAUUUGUGAAAUAAAUCAUUGUACAUACUCGCGGUGAAUACAA